ACAUUCCCGUCUGUAUCGUCGUAUAACAAUAUAGUGUGGUGCAGAGUUGCCGAGGCAUUUCUCGUAUUCUUGGAUCUUUACCUAGGCUCAGAUUAUUUCCUCUCGUUCUCGGUCAUGGAGAUAACGGUUGUCGCAGUGUGCGUCCUCUGCUAUAGAGAAUCGGUGGACCGAAAUUUGAGACUCGAUGCUGUAGCCAAACGCCAACUGGGAGGCUGGCGACCUAUUAUAAGCUUCACAUCCAAAUACAAAAGUCUAUGAGUUUCUCCAUGAUAGCUUCAUGACACGGUAUAUGUUGUGCUUCCAAUUUACAGUAGUGCGGGAGUUUUUCCCUAGUCUAUUCCCACCAAGCACAUUUGACAACAGCCUGCUUUAGGUUCGGCGUAUCCAUGCAUGAGCCCUUCGGAGUUGAUCAGCCACGGAAGGUUUUCCUAUAUUUUAUUUCAACACUCUGUAAUUGGGUGAUACUCAAGCUGUGUACUCACGGUAUGGCCCGCCUCGAACAUGACAACUCCAUUCCAGUCGAACUUUCCAUGAAAUUCGUCUCUGACGCCUCAUGCACGUAUACAUCUGUGCAUGGUGGAUUAUUCAAAGUCUCUCUUACCUUUGUCUUUUCGAAUACUUUCUGUGGUUUGACUAAUGUUGGAAUCCCAUCUAUAGUCGCCGUUAUUCCGGGAAGCGCGGUUCGUGCACGCUCUUUCUGGAGAUAGAUGUGGAAGCUCGCAUCCCUUGGUACUACUGAGUACUCGCCACAUUUAUUCUAACUGAACCAGUGGCCGUUUCCAAGAUGCUUCGUAAUAUUGUCUGGUGCCAUUCAUUAGGUGACUAACUUGACUCCUUUUCGUGAGAUAAACGAUGGCCGUCUAUAGACUCUAGAGACUUCCUUGCUUAUCACAACGUUUAUUGCACUUGAUGCAUAGUGCUCCCGCGACAGAGCGGAUAAAUUGAGAGACACAAAAACUGCCUGGGGCUGGAGGUGAUGCAGUGCAAUGAGCAAUAGAAAUGCUAUGGGGAUCGCGGACGACUAUAGUUUGCUGGUCAUUCUCACCACGGCUCUCAAACGCGGCUUUCAGUCUGGCAGUGAAGACCCGUCUUCAGCCCGAGCUUCCGACACUCCCACUUGCGAAGGCUAAAUACUUCC